AUGCGUCUCCUUCCGAUUUCAUUACUCUACGCUCUUUUAGCAUCUGUAGCAUUUUCAGAAAACGCCGAAAAAAGGAUAGGGGACAGUGAGGUAUCCAUUGAAGAAGAUGUCAGCGACGGGCCACAGCCAACGACUUUUAAUGGGGUGAAGGUGCCUGUGUUGCCAGAACUCGACGGGGAGAAAUUCAAUGGCACGAUCAAAGAAGGCUAUUGGCUUGUGAAGCAUCACUCACCAUGGUGCGGUCAUUGUAUCGCCUUUGCACCAAUAUGGCAGACCUUAUAUGAAUACUACUACACUUCGAAACCCGUUCCGGCCGGUUCCACGACAGACAGUGCUUCUACUUCGAUGAACACCUUUACAGCGUAUUACAAUUUUCAUUUUGGGUCCCUGGACUGCACUGCAUUUGGAUCAGCAUGCACGGCGCACGGCGUGGGGGCCUUCCCAACUCUUAUACUCUAUAAUGAUGGCGAAGAGCUCAAGAGAUUUGAGGGAAGCAAGAACAUGAAGGACUUGAGUGCUUUUGUGGAGGACAUGUUGGAGACAAUUCGCCCCGGAUCUCGGCCGAUUGGAGGUCCAAAUCUACCCAAGGCCAAGGACAAAACCAGCCCAGACUAUCAGGGUCCUGAGCUUGCUCCCGCCGCAUCGACCGGUGAGAAGGCGUCGACCAUCGAGAAGCAGAAGGACAAGAAGUUGACUCCGGAAGUGAGUAAGGACGCGAAGGCACCGAUCAAGACGAAAUCGCCUUUAAAAGCCACUCCAGUCAAAAAGAAGAAACCAACCAAGCCCACGAAGGCGCCUUCCACUCCAAACCCCUUGGGGAAGUCGCUCUCCUUCACAGCAGAAAGCUUCCAGAACUUAGUUACAAUGUCGCAAGAGCCGUGGUUCAUCAAAUUCUAUGCACCAUGGUGUGGACAUUGUCAAGCCAUGGCACCAAAUUGGGUCCAACUUGCCAAAGAAAUGAAAGGAAGGUUGAAUAUUGGCGAGGUCAAUUGUGACGUGGAAUCAAGGUUGUGCAAGGACGUCCGGCUACGAGGUUAUCCUACGAUUCUCUUCUUCCGAGGUGGUGAGCGUGUCGAAUAUGAUGGUCUCCGAGGCUUGGGUGAUUUUGUCACAUAUGCCAACAAAGCCAUCGAGAUUGGUGACGGGGUCAAAGACGUUGAUGCUUCUGAGUUUAAGGAAAUGGAGGAGAAGGAAGAAGUCAUCUUCGUCUACUUCUAUGACCAUGCUACGACGAGCGAGGACUUUGCCGCGUUGGAAAGGAUCCCUCUGAGUUUGAUCGGCCAUGCCAAGCUGGUAAAGACUAACAGCGCUCUCCUUGCAGAGAGAUUUAAGAUUACUACCUGGCCUAGACUCCUCGUCUCACGCGAUGGUCGCCCGACAUACUACACUGCACUGGCUCCCCAGGACAUGCGAGAUUUCCGAAAAGUUCUCAACUGGAUGCAGUCGGUUUGGCUACCCAUUGUUCCGGAGCUUACGGCUUCAAAUUCGAGGGAGAUCAUGGAUGGCAAAUUGGUUGUCCUUGGUAUACUCACUCGUGAGCGACCAGACGAGUUUAUGAUCGGGAAGAAGGAGAUGAAGAGUGCGGCAUUGGAAUGGAUGGACAAGCAAACAACUGCUUUCCAACGAGAACGCCAAGAACUGAGAGAUGCGAAGCAAUUGAGAAUCGAAGAAGCAGAGGAUCGUAAUGACCAACGAGCAUUGAGAGCGGCGAAGAGUAUUCGAAUCAACAUGGACAAAUCCGAACAGAAAGAAGUUGGAUUUGCUUGGGUAGACGGCGUCUUUUGGGAGAGGUGGAUUCGAACUACAUAUGGUAUCGAGGUUGCCAAGGAUGGCGAGAAAGUAGUCAUUAAUGACGAAGAUAACCGAAGGUAUUGGGACAACACCGUUACUGGUAACUCAAUCAUGGCAUCACGAACAUCCAUCCUUGAGACACUACCCAAGGUCGUCAUCUCACCCCCAAAAAUUAAGCCCAAAUCCACCAUUUCGAGCUUCGAGAAAUUCUUCUUCGAUAUCAGAGGAGCAAUUUCCGGCCAUCCGAUCCUAUCAAUAGGAUUCAUUGCCGGAAUGGUAGUGAGCGGAUUCAUGUGGGGACGAAAACGGUUACGGAGAAGUAGAGGAGGCUACUUCAGACUCGACGAGAAGGAUGGUCUGUUAGGCGGCAGCACGAACGGCAAGGUAGAUUAA